AGAGGACAGAAAGAAGAGUCCUUUAAUCCCCAAAAUCACCAAAUCGCACGGACCCUAACGCUGCACCCUCUCUUCUCCUUCUACCUUAUCCCUUCAUCUCAUCCCUCCAAACCCUUAAAAACACCAAAUCCAAAUCCAACACAUCACAGCACAAAUCUCUCUCUCUCUCGUACUCCCCAGAACACCAACAUUUGUCAACAGGAAAAAAAAUUGGAUCUUUAAAAAAAAAAGAAAAAGAAAAAGAAAAUCGUAGCCAAUCAGAUGGAUGCCAACAGCCAGCAAGCCCAAUCCGGCUCUUACCCGCCACAGCCUCCCACCAGUGGCGCCCCUGCUCCGCCUGCUCCAACCCCUUUCCACCAUCUCCUCCAGCAGCAGCAGCAGCAACUCCAAAUGUUCUGGUCCUACCAGCGCCAGGAGAUCGAGCAGGUGAAUGAUUUCAAAAACCACCAGCUUCCUCUUGCCCGCAUCAAGAAGAUCAUGAAGGCUGAUGAAGAUGUUCGCAUGAUCUCCGCUGAGGCUCCCAUUCUGUUUGCUAAGGCGUGUGAGCUCUUCAUUUUGGAGCUUACUAUACGGUCUUGGCUUCACGCUGAAGAGAACAAGCGAAGGACGCUUCAGAAAAACGACAUCGCUGCGGCCAUUACCAGGACCGAUAUUUUUGAUUUUUUGGUGGAUAUUGUGCCCAGAGAUGAGAUCAAAGAUGAGGCUGGCCUGGGAGGGAUGGUUGGGGCCACUGCUAGCGGAGUGCCUUAUUAUUAUCCGCCGAUGGGCCAUCCGGCCGGUGCCGGUCCUGGAGGAAUGAUGAUUGGGAGGCCUGCCGUCGAUCCUACUGGAGUCUAUGUCCAGCCACCUUCACAGGCGUGGCAGUCUGUGUGGCAGACGGCUGCGGCGGAUGAUGUUUCGUAUGGAAGCGGAGGAAGCAGUGGGCAGGGAAACCUCGAUGGACAAGGUUAAGCAAGGCAGAUGAAGUGGUGUUCAGUGGUGCCCCAGAAGGCAAUGAGCCUCAGCUAAUACUACUUGGAUUUUUGCUUGCUUAUGAUCUUUAAUGUACGUGUCUGCUCUGCUAUUUAUGGAAGCUGUCUUUAAUUGUAAUGGUGAAACUAGACGAUUAAAACCCCUUAACAUAAUUUUGUAACAGCCAUACAAUUGCUGUCAUGAACUUGCCUAAUUAUAACUAAAUGUGCAGUUUCUUCAUUUAUGUUCCUA